AUGGCGUCGAGUUUCUUCUCCGCUUCUCUUCGCCCAAUUUCGAACCAAUCUUCUUCUUCUUCGUCGUCUCGAUCCAAACAGAGACAUAAUCGCCUUCUCCAACUCGUUCGUUCUGACCGGAGCCAAAACGGCGUCACUGAAAACAACAACGAUCCUUCUUCCUCCGCACGCACUCAACUAGAUCUCCUCGAACAGCUAACUCCCACAAGCGACGGGUACAUGAGUGAUGGUGGUGGUUCGAGUGGAUUCACAAUCCGUGACCAAUUAGCUAUGCUUGUUGGUGGUGAUAGAGACGAUGAUGAAUUCACCAUUCCUUUAGGGAAAAACCUUAAGAAAGUGAGUCCUAAAUUCUUAACCAUUUCUCAGAAAAGGAACAUUAAGAGACAAUCUUACCUUAAUGAAGUCUCUCAGAGGAAUGAUUCUGUUUUCUUCGCUACGAUCGGCGCUUUUGUAAUCCUUCCACCUUUGUUCAUCCUAGGCUUUGCAAUCUUAACUGGCUAUGUUCAACUCUUCCCAUAA